AUGUUUAGGUUUAAGGUUGAACUGAAGAUGUGCAUGUAUGUUUACACAUAGUUCUGUUUGACCACAGAUAAAUGAGUCUGAUCCAGAUGACCAGUUCCUUGGAGAAUGUGCACUGGAUUUGAUGGCAGAUGCUGCUGUUUUGGAGAGCAGUCUGUCUCCAGCAGAUCUGGUUCAGUUUGAGGGAUGCGUCAUUCCUCCCCCCACCCCUCAGCGGCAGGAGAACAGUGGGACUCAGACCUCCACAGGUCUGAGUCCCACCAGAACUUUUUACUGGGAGAACAUGGCUGAUUGUCAUGAGCUGGCACUGGGAAAGUCUUUGGUUUUCAACAAAGAGCUUCACCAGGUUUUCCAUAAGCAGCAAGAGGAGCUGGACUGUUUGGAGGAGAGAAACCUUCACCUUAAGGAGCUCGCCAGCCGAGCAAAGCACCUGGCUUUAGUGCUGGAAAAACUGAUGACGGUCAGAGAACUCCAUGUGGAAGAAGCAGUGAUGCCUUGCAUCGAUGCGCCUCCGGGUUCCAGUAAGCGGCAACGACUGAAUGAACAAUGUGAAACAGAUUCAUCAGAUUCAGUGGAGGACAUGCUGAAGGACAUCAGCUACCGCUGCAACGCUGUCCUUCGCAACAGCUCCACAGGACCAGGACCGCAACAGCAAUCAGAGGCGAUACGAGUGUUUGGUUCCUUCUCAGGUGUCCAGAUGUCGACCCUCAACGAAUGGAGCUCAACUGAAGAUGGAGCACAGGCUGAAGAGUGCGUCUCCUCUUUCAAAACUUCUGUCAAAGAACACGGCACCAUACAGACGAAGGUUUUUCCACAUGGACACGUGUUUACCUCGAAGACUCAAGAGGGAGGAUACCGGUUUCGCUGGGUACCAAACCACAGCUGAGCAUCUGUUAAUGCUUAACUAUCUAUAGUCAAAUCAGUAAAUGAUUAAAUGAUGCCUUCAGGUAGCUUCAGAAUCAGUCAGAGGUGGAGCUUAAGCGAUGAAUAAAUACUGCCUUCACUUUUGUUUAUUUUCUUCACACUUGAAUUGUUGAUUCUUUUUUUUAUAUACUUUUAUGUUUGCCCUGAAAAUAAAUAUAUUUUUCAAGUUUAGUAAUAAAAGU